GGUAAAAAACAUUUUUUUUCUUUAGGCCAAGUAUUUAGUUGCUACUAGGUCUACAAGGCUAUACUAUAUAGUUCUCGGUAAUGCUAGUGACUGCAGUAGCUACAACUAUUACAAAUGGUAGUAGUAGUAACGUUAAUGAACAGUAAUAGGGCUGUCAUAGGCCUGCUAACAUUAACCCCAUCUAAAAUGAUCUCCAUAACAAAUGCCCACUGACUACUAGGUGACAGGUCAAACACCAACGUGACACAGCAGAUAUGAGAGAACAAAAAUAAAACACUCAUAUGACAGCUAUGACAUUAGGAGAGGGGAGGGACAUCUGAGUCUAAUCAGAGAGGGACAUGAUGUUGCGAGACUUUGAAUAAAAGGAUCAACAAAUUCAUAGAGCGAUUUGAAGAUAUCACCUAGAGACUUUUUAAAAGGGAAGAAAAUCUUGUAGUAGGAGGGUCAGCCCAGCAAAUAUGCACAACCAACUGAUCCAGUGUUUCGAGGGCUUUCUGUUAAAUUUGUGUUACAUAAAGGAAUUUUUGGAGCUCAUUAUUGGAGCAAUAUUUUACCUGUUUGAGGCCCUUGUGCGUCUGUUCAUCCAGCCACCCAGGAAGGACGUGGAAGGGGAAAUAGUGUUGGUAACAGGGGCCGCCAAUGGUAUUGGCAAACUGAUAGCCAAGGAGCUGGGUCGUCGUGGGGCUACCUUGGUCCUUUGGGACGUCGACUGGGAAGCUCUUGAUGAGACAGCCAAGGAACUUCGCCAGAUACUGGACAUACGUGUCUAUGCCUAUGCUUGUGACUGCAGUCGACGGAGUGAGGUGUAUAAAGUUGCAGACAUGGUAAAGAGGGAGGUGGGGGAUGUUUCCAUCUUGGUGAAUAAUGCAGGAGUAGUGACAGGAAAGUACACCUUCACAGAGGCCCCAGACAACCUGGUGGACAGAACACUGAGGGUCAAUGUCGCUGCUCACUUCUGGACAUACAAGGCUUUCCUGCCCACUAUGAUGUCCAGGAACCAUGGGCAUCUUGUGUGUGUGGCCUGUCAUGGAGGACUGUUUGCUAUGAACGGAUUAGCAGACUACUGUGCAAGCAAGUUUGCAGCUGUUGGAUUUGCUGAAUCCAUUGCCUUAGAGAUGCUUGUACUCAAGAAGGAGGGGGUCAAAACUACUAUAGUAUGUCCUUACUUGAUCAACACAACCAUGUUUGGAGGAUGUCAGACAAAGUGGCCGUCUUUUCUGCCCAUCAUGGACAAGAGGGAUGCAGCAAAGAUGAUUGUUGAUGCAAUCCUGAGGGAGAAGAUGUAUUUACUGCUACCCUCCAGUCUGUACUUCCUCAUGGCAUUAAAAAGCUUCAUGCCAGCCAAGUUGGGCAUCAUCUUGGUGAAUUUCUUUGGAGGAUUGGAUUUAAUGGAUAGAUUCAGGGGAGUCCCAGUGCCCAUUCUGCCCUACAAAAAGCCUCUGCGCCAAAGAUAUGACAGCAUUGGGGAACCACAGAAUGCAAUAGUCUAUCACAACUAGCUAAUAUAAGAAGAAAACUUCUGCAGUAUUGCAUCUUUUAAGAGGACUUUGUAAAGGAGGUGUUGAAUGGGGGUCAGGUAAUUUGUCAAACAAUCCAUCAUACAUACAGAUAUUAAUAAGUAAGUGAAGUGUACAUUAGACUAGCCUACACACAUUUCUUGAAAUUAUCAUAGGCAGGCAGGCAGGCAAUGGCACUGUAUGCAAAUAGCCUAUUUUGAGAAUGUUUAUCAGAGCUAAAUAAAAACAUAUCUUCACAUUA